GACAGCUGGGAAAAUUCACCGACAUACAGGAAGAAAAAGAAGAAGCCCAGUCUGCGCUGCGAACCUGCAGGGUGCACACACUCCAACGAAGAGGAGACUGACAUCGGAUUGAAACACCAAAUCACUGCUUGACCCGUUUAGCAGGUAAGCUACUCGCGGUGAUAGCUGGUUGCGCGUAUUCAGCACGUUUGAGGUUAAAGUCGAAGCGUUAAAAACGGUUAGUGAGAGCGUCAACGGCGCGGCGCCGCUUCCUGCUGCAGCUGCUGCCGCGGCGUCGAAUCAUUCACAAAGCUGCAAAAUCUGACGCUUCAUUCCCACAGGUCAGGAGAUGUUUUAGUUACGCGAUUAUUUUAGACUUCUCCCUCCCUUCACUUGAAUGUGGAAACUUAUUCUUUUGCUGCAAACCCCAGACAACAUGAGCUAACACAGGGAGGGGUGUGUGAGAGGGAGAGAGAAAAAAAAUCCAGGAAAUGCCGAAACACACUCAGCAGAAAGAAAGACUACACACCAGGCGAACUAGAUCUGAUACGUUUUAGCAGAAUGUCUUUAAAUAAAUGCUUUAACUCAAACGGUAAAAAGUGCUCUUUAAAGCAUACGAUUAGCCAGUAUUUGGCUUUAAGGUUAGGGGGUUAACAGAUAGGUGAGGAGUGAAGUAGCCGGGGCAGAAUGGUCACAACACCCACUGGUGUUCCGGCUCAUUGCGCUACCCAGUUAUGUGGUGAUUUUCAGCUGAAUACGGCAGUAGCUGUCGUAAAUACAUCUAUUGAAAUAGUCAUUACAGAAGCCCUACGUGGGCUUUUGUUUGUAUAAAAAAUGUCGAUACGUGUGUUUGUGAUAUAGAAAUAUAAUAAGGAUAGAUAGAUACUUUAUUAAACCCAGAGGGAAAUAAAAAAACAGAGGCAGCACCAGUGAAACACACUAGUAAUAAUGAUAACUUUAUUUCUAUAUCACUUUUAAAAACAGAACUUUACGAAGUGCAUUGACAAACAGUUGCAAAGCACAGAACAUCAGCAGAUGAAAAUAAAAACAAGGCCUCCGAAUUGAAGGCCAAUUUCAUUUUUCAAAAGAAACCCAGACAUUACAUGCACCCUACAACAUAAAAUGAGACCAUGAGGACCAAAAUAAAAACAUAAAAUAGGUAAUAAGAAGAAAUGAAAUAGAAAAGGGGGGCAGAAAGCAGGAAACAGGAUAGUAAGAAUAAAAGAGGAUAUUAAUAAUGAUGAUAACAUCAUAAUGGUAGUAAUAGUGAUGAUAAAAUGGAAUAAUAAAAAUGAGCAGGAAAAAACAAUAAAAUCAGUAAAGGCUAUCGUGGCAUAUUAUAUAUUUGACAGCUGUUUUUGAGUCGAUGUAUAUUUCUUAGCUAAUUGACUACCUGGCGGGGGGACAAACUGACACGGUCGCAGGAUUUGUCACAACACCAGCCGGCUCCGCUAGCUCCUGUAGCUUUAGCAUCGUUAGCUAGCUGCCAUCUGAUUGAAACCCAAUGAUCGCAUUAACCCUAGCGGCUUGAACUUGAUUUGUUUGAGCCCUGAGCCCACUGAAAUAGGACUGUCUGGACGGUUCGAGCUCACCGCCAUUGCUGUGGCCUACUUCUCCCUGUGUGAAAAUGGUGUUUUUACUCUAAUUCAUGCUAAAAGAGUCAAAAGAAAGGCGAGUUCCUCCUUCUUUAUGUGUCCCGGGGCUGGGAGGCAGAAGGCCUAACCCUCUUCACUUUCCUGCGAGCUAAAGUGGUGCAUUUCUGCUGUUUGACUGUAAAAGUUGGCCUGUAAACACAGUCAGAUGGAGUUAGAGGGGGAAUUAAUGUAAUUAAAGCAAAAAUGCACUUAAAGAGAGUGUGCCUGUGGGAACAUUGUUUACAUUUUUGGGGAGAGAUUUACUCCAACUCUGGCACAUUUAGGAUCUUUCUUAAGCUUUUGAGAUUGAAUAGGAUGGGGCUUUUUAACAUUGUUAGUAAGACUACACAAUAAUAUGCAAAUGUCAUUAUUGUAGUGCAGACAUCUGCGGUAAACACACAGGAAAAGGGAGUAUUUAUUGCAUCUAAUGGCGUAAUUCUUUCUGUAAAUGCGUCCGCUUUUGCACAUUUUCUCAUAACACUGGUGUGGUAUAAUAGUAGUUGCAUUAAUAAUGACUGAGAUUUUCUGUCUCAGGGGAAAAUAAAAUAUUAAUUCGUACUUCCCUUUUGACCAAGAUUACAGUCAAAGCACAGAAAUCAAGUUCUCUAGACUCGACUCGGGUUCCUCCACCCAAUUCUGCCAUGCCCUUUUUUUAGGCCUUCAAGGAUAAUCUAAGGAAAAUGUUAUGAAAGGCACAAUUCCCUGGUGAGUCACGGCUAUAUCUGCACUCAUGUCUCUGGAAACUUGUUUUUUCUACUCCCCGUCAGAGGAGUUUCCCUUAAGCUCAGCAUUUGGGUUGAACAUAUGUCGUGGUUACUUUGAGAAAAGCAUCUGAUCUGACUUAGCAGAGGUUCCCUUCAGUUCUAAUGCGUCUUCUUAAACAUAAUAAACGUGUUGAUGUUCAUGAAGAAGGAGCAGAGGCCUCUCAUCUUCCCACCUCCAACGCUUCAGUGCUUGCUUCUUUAUUUUACUCCCUCAAAACACCUUAGGGGACCACUCCCUUCCUGAGUUGCUGGUGAGUCAUCUCAGCUGAGAGCAGGAAGUGAACUCUGGUACCUGCAGGUAAACCAUAAAGUGCUGCUGCAGCCCUGAACAAGUAGGCUUUUAGGUCAAGGGUAGAAGAGUUGUGUGUCCUGCUUUUAUCUAAUUUUAUCUUUGUGUCUCGUGAAAAAAUGACCCUGUAGUAUCUGCACGGUGUAAUGGACUUAAGUUAGCUUGUUAAAACCCCAUGAAGUGGAAUAAGAUGACUUUAUUUAAGUAAAUGCUGCAGGGGGAAAUGCUUACCUUAUUGGUUUGUUAUUAUAAGUCUUAAAUGUUUUAAACAGGCACAUCAUACUGCUUACUCUUGGUUAUGUAAAACCAGUGACACACUUCCCUAUGCAUGACUUCACCCAACAGCCUGAGGGUUUACAUCAUACACAAACAGUCGCACCCUAUCUUAACGCACCGCUAUGCUGUUGACAACAAGAUUUAAACUGGCUUCAGUACAAAGUUUGAGUCAUGGUAUGAUAGCAGUGUGUUCCCUUUAGCAACUUUUAUGUAACUUUUGUCAAUUCAGACACAAGUCCGGGUUUUAAGGGGCCAGUCAAGCCCUGGAUCACAACACAAUACCUUUUUUUAAAAACCUGUCUUAAAUUGGAGUUUUUGAUUUUAACAGAGUAAAGAGUUCAUUGUGGGAAGAGUGGAUGUAGACUGUCUUCAAUGUGUUGUGAUCAGUCUUUCACAACAGUAGGUCAUCAUGCAUUGCCAUGUCUCUACUAGGGGUGUCCCGAUACAACUUUUUGACUUCCGAUACGAUACCGAUAAUGUAGCCGUCACUAUUGUCCGAUACCGAUAUCGAUCCAAUAUUGGCACAAACUUGUACAUGACAAGUUUUGCACUCAGCUGCAAUGUCUUUUUCAGACUUAAACAAAAAAUAUUGCCACACAGCUGACAUCACUCCUACUCCUUGGUACUUUGUUUGGAGUGCUGAGAUUUUAGAUGUAGGCCGAUAUAAUCCGAUAUUUGUUUUUUUGCUGAUAUCAGACCAAUAUCCGAUAUCAAUGUCGUAUCAGGACACCCCUAGUCUCUACAGCAGCACAAAUCCAGUCAGUAAAGGUUGAAUAGAAGUGACUGCCCUGAAUGUACAGUUUGGAAGAUGAGGGACAAAGCGCUAAAGAAACUUUACUGAUAGAUAUUUUUGAUGGUAAUAACUUCAGAAAUGGAAAAAUCAGAUUUGUUAUACAACACAGGAGCCUCUCAACCUCAUCGUUGGUCGACCAGCAGGAUGGGUGAGCACAGAGAACAUCCGACCCAGAGUAACCAAACCAUGCAGCGAAAUCGUGUAAACGUCUCUUAUUUUAACCAGGAGAAAGCCUUUUAAGUGUCUUUUAAGUGUCUUUAAUCUUCACGGCCAGAAACUCUCUCAGUCAUCAGAUCUCUUCAGAUUUAGCGGAGUCGUCGCUCUCCGGUGAAAGUGAGACGGCGGCUGCAGGUUUUAUCUUGCAUGUACUUCAUCAGCGAGAGUGGUCCGCUCGCCUCCUUUCACUGUGAGCCAGGUGUAAGUACCUGAGACUGCAGGCGCUCAGGUGAAGUCGGUGUCAGGUUACACACGUCUUAUGUAACUGCAGCCUCUCCUUUUAUUAAGCGUGUGUUUGUGUGUAAGAUUAUUCCAGACGUGGAUUAUGGAAGUUAAUCUGAUACUUAAAGGAGUAAAUCAGGAGAGUCAAUUUACAUGUUGGCCCACAGACUGAAGAGACGGUAUUUACUGACAGCUGGAGCUCCUGUUCUCCGACGUCUAAGGGGGUCUGAGGUCGUCUGAGAUGGUCUAGGGAGGUCUAAGAGGGUCUGAGGUGGAUUUGUUUAGAAAUGUUAGGGUCUGACAACAGCAUAUUUGGAAUAACAGGCAGGUCUGCACUCUCCACAGACUCAGCAGAAACACUCUUACUCCACAAGUCCUGACCUGCUCCACAGACCCAAUCCUUCUCCCCCUCCUCCUCUUCUUCUUCAUCUUGCUUUUUGCCUUUAACAUCUUUGAGUUCCUCUUUUUUCUCGUCUUGCUCUGUAUUUUUUUUUUAAAUCUGCUGCUAUUUUGUUGUGUCUUCAUUUUUCUUCUUUGUCUUUUUCUUCAUCUUAAUUUAUUGACUCUGUCAUUUACAUGUUCUUUUCCUCUUCUUUUCCUCUUUUUCCUCUUUGUCAUCUUCUCUUUCCUAUUCUUUUUCCUUUUUUCCUCCUUUUCUUCCUCAUCUUUUUGUCCUCCUCUUUUGAGUCUUCUUCUCUUUCUAUUCCUCCACAUUUCCACUCCUUUCAUCCUCCUUUCCUGUUCUUUUUUCCUCCUCUUUUCCUCUCCUCCUCCCUCUUCUUCUGUCUACUUUUUCUCAGAUCUUGUUCUUCUUUUUCUUACUCUUUCCCUCAUAUUUUUGUCUUUUUUUUGUUGGAAUUUAUCACCAUUUCUUCAUCUUCUUCUGUCUUUAGAUCUUUCUCUUGUCAGUUUUCUUUAUCUUCUUGUUUUUCAGCUUCAUCCUCUUCUUUUUCUUCAUAGUUUUCCGUGCACUCUUCUUCUCUUUUGACCCAUAGCACCUCUCCAAAGGUAGAAUUUAAGGCCUGUUAUAACAGGACCUCUUAUUGAAAACGUGGAGGACUGGAUCGAUGCAGGAGAUGGAGGACGGGGACAUUCAAAACUUUUUAAGACCAUAAAAAACUCUCAAGGCUCUAACCUUUUUGUAGAUAAAAGUAAAACUCAUACUUGGAAUCGCUUAAAAUUUGAUUCGAUAUGAAAAAAAAAAGUCAGACUUGUACUGAAAUAAGUUUACACGGUUAACCUCUAAUAAGAGACGAAUACAUCAGGACAGUUUGACCCUUAAAUCAGAGCUCUGCUGUUUGUUUCUCCGCUGAAGCUGCUCAGUUGUAAUUAUAAUGAUUUCCUUCACCUGCUGUAAUUCACUCUCCAAUUAGAAGACCAGAACAGUGAGUCUCUGUGUGUCGGUGGUGAUUAAGAGCAGCAUACAAACAUGACAAAGACAAACAAGAGAUGGAAAAACAGAUUUGAGUCUGCUGCUGCUUUUGUUUAGUUAUUUGGCCCUGAGGGAAACUAAAGUGGGGCGUUAACACCUGCAGAGAGAGAGAGAGAGCAUCACUUAGUCACUCUGCAGGAAUCAUCAUCAUCAUCAUCAUCAUCAUCAUCAUCAUCAUCAUCAUCAUCAUCAUCAUGACAUGUUACAGGAGUUAUGACUUCAAAUUGAGGGUUUGUGUUUGAGAGUUUGUCUAAGUGUUGACUAAAUUUGAGGUUGUAAAGUGUGAGGACUUCUUAACGGGCAGAAAUUUUAAUGUUUCUCAGGAUUUGAAUGACGUGUAGUUGCUUUAACAUUGACCUGGAUCUUCUUUUUUGCUCCGCCCCCUCACAGGUAUGGCUGAGUUGGCGAGUCUGGUGCAGCGGCUGGAGGUGGCGGUUGGCCGAUUGGAGUCCAUGUCAGGCCCUGGAGGCAGCUCGGGUGGAGGUUCAGGGGGAGGUAAGGAUGACUCAGAUGUCACCGGUUUUGAAGCAUUUAUUUAACAUUGAAUAAACCUUUUUUUUUUAUCAGCUAUUUUCUUUUUAUUGCAAAUGAGGGUAGAAUAUAGGGCCCGACCGAUAUGGAUUUUUUUUUAAACUUUUUUUCUGUAUCUUGUCUGUAGCUGUAUCUGCCUACGUGGAUGCAUUCGAUGAGAUCAUUAAAGGUCCCUUGGCGCAGUACCUGAGCCUCAGUCAGAAGUUAGGGGGCGACAUCAAGAAACACGUGAGUUGGUUUUCCUCUCUUCUCUUUUUCAACAGAUCUUAAAAGUCUGGGUGAAGAAAAGCUGUUUCGUGUUAUUUUUCAUUUUAAUUUGUGUUGAAGUUUUAGUUUUAAACCGACUUGAGUUUCUUUUGUUUCUUUUUUCCUCUUUCAGGCAGAUAUGGUACAGCAGGGGUUCACCAGUGAGAGAGCGGUCCUCGUGACCGCCUCCUCCUCCCAGAAGCCCUCUGAUGUGAGUUCAACACACUUACGUUUAUUUAUUUCCAGCUUACACCACAGAAAUUUUAUCUUAAAAUGCAUUUAAGAUAUGUUCAUGCUGAAUUUUUGAAAUAGAAAAACAGAUUUCUGGCUCUGUUUUCUCGAUCUUUCUCAAAAAUAUGAUUUCCUUUUGUGUUUUUUUUUAUCCAGAGCGUUUUGCAGAACAUCCUGAAGCCAGUGUCCCAAGUCAUCAUGCAGGUGCAGAAGUUCCGCGAGGAUAACCGCACCUCCACGCACUUCAACCACCUCUCCGCCGUGAGCGAGAGCGUGUCGGGGCUCGGAUGGGUCGCCGUGGUGAGUCCGAGGAUGGGAGAGCGAAUGUCCGCGCAUGAGUGUUUCUGUUUUUGUUUGUUUGUUUGUGUGGACGGAUAAAUGAGUGUGUAAUAGCCGGAAACAAGCCUCUUUGGUUCUGUCAUCGCUGUCCGCUGAUGGACAGUUUCUUGGCCGACACACGACCACCAACAACAGAGCCUCUCUGUUACACUUUGAGAGAAUUAACUCUUUGUUUGACUCCUCUAUGAAUAAUGCAUACACUCAGUAUUUGCGCUCCCACUCAAGUUUUUUGACUCAGCCAAGUCAGCUGGAUUCGUGACAUUUAAACACAUUUUUUCCUUCACUUGGUCACGCACAGUCACAGAAAAAUCUUAAUAUUUGAUUAUGAAUUCGUUCAUUUAGCUCCCUGGUGUUUCAUGUCAGAUCCAGAUGGAAACGACUGAACGCUGAAAUUAAAACAGCGUGCUUUCCAUCUGAGCCAACUCAUUAAAGAUGCGUGUUUUUUGUGUGUUUCAGGCUCCUAAACCAGGCCCCUAUGUCAAAGAGAUGCAGGACGCCGCCAUGUUCUACACCAACCGUGUGCUCAAGGACUACAAGGAGAAGUAAGUCCAGCUCCAAACUCUGAUCCUCUGUGGGGCCGUCUGAUCACUCAAAACAGGCAGAGGAACUUUUCAUACGCAGCCAACAGUUCGCUCAGCCCAUCUGUCCUCCAUCUUUCCUUCCUCUGGGCUCUUUUUAAACGCAGCUUUUUUGCUGAGUCAGCACAGCCGCACAACACUGUGACGCGGGCUGGAGAUAGACUUCCUGUAUUUUUUAGGCCUGAAACCGCAGUUUUCAGUUCACUCAAAAAGUAGAAGUUCAAGUCGAAGAAAACUGACGUUACAUUAGAAUCAGAGAGCAGAAGGAAAGGAUCAAGACUUUAACCACAAAAACAACAUUUACAGCCAGGAUUUGUUUUAACAGGCCGCUCUGUUCUCCUCUCUCUCUCUCUCUUUCACAGGGAUAAGACACAUGUGGACUGGGUGAAGGCUUAUCUCAGCAUCUGGACCGAGCUGCAGAGCUACAUCAAACAGCACCACACCACUGGGCUGUCCUGGAGCAAGAGUGUGAGUCUGCAAAAACAAGACGAAUUUUAACAAACCUCCGAAGAGCUCGACACAUGUUGACAAGAAUGGGCUCUGUGCAUCGAUCCACUACUUCCUGAACUUAAGGCAGCUCCUUUAUUUCCUGUCUUAUAUUAUUGGAUAAACUGGUUAAUCCAGGUGUGUCUGACUUGUCACAAUGAACAGACACACCUGGAUUAAUUAGUUUCAAGACAGGAAAUAAAGGAGCUGCCUUAGAUUCAGGAAGUAGUGGAGCUGUGCAGAGAGAUCAUUAGGAGUGUGAUCGCUGCUUCUCCAUGUUUGAUUCUGACUUAAAGAGGAAAAAAAGUUUAUACUGUAUGAGAAGAUCACUCGUAAACCAGCAGCACUGGUUUAACUUCUGUACUCUGGUAGAAAGGGAGCGGCUGUAAAGACUUCAAGGUUUGAGUGAAACAUGACGAGAUUUCUGAAUAUCAUCCAAAAAACAUCCCUGAGGUUCUGAUCCAGAUGUUCUUUUUCUGACUGCCUGAUCUGCUUCAAAGAAUACUUAAGUGGUGUUCAUUGAAUUUUAUCUCUCCCUCUCAGGGACCCAUGGCUUCGGCCUCCGCAGCUCCCCCUGCUCCUGGCGGUUGUCCUCCCCCACCUCCCCCCGGACCUCCUCCUCCCCCCAUGGACAUCAGCUCCAGUGGCGGCGGCGGAGACUCCGGACCCGACUGUCGCAACGCUCUGUUCGCCUCCAUCAACAAAGGCUCUGACAUCACUAAAGGUAGGUGGACCAAGACUGGACCUAAAGAUGUCUGAAUACUAACAUUUAUUAACAAAGAUCAUUUAAACGCAAAAAAUUGGAGUCUUAGUUUCUCUUCUUAUCUUUUUUUUUUUUUACUCCUCUAGGCCUGAAGCAUGUGGGUGAUGACCAGAAGACCCACAAGAACCCCAACCUGAGGACUCAGAAUGCUCCGGUACGCAGCGGACCCAAACCUUUUGCCUCGGCCAAACCUGCUGCGUCUGCUUGCCCAGCCCGCUCGCUGCCCCCAGUGUUGGAGCUGGACGGGAAGAAGUGGAAAGUUGUACGUUGAUGAAAAAUAAUCGGUCUCAUAACAGAAAACUCCAUCCUACUUUGAAAUCAUCUGCAGGAGUUAAUGUGUAUUUUCUGGUUCCUUCUGCAGGAGAACCAAGAGGGAGCUCAGGGACUGGUAAUCGAACAUACUGAACUCAAACAAGUGGUUUAUGCUUUCAAGUGUAACAACAGCACCCUGCAGGUCAAGGGCAAAAUCAACUCCAUCACUGUAGGUAUGUAGAGAAGUGAUGGGUCAGAGGAUCUUUCUGUCAUCUUCAUCUGUUUAUGUCGUUCAUAAGUAUAAAAGUGAAGUAUUUUUAUCAUGCCUCAGUCCUCCUGAUUGUUUAUUUUCUUCUUCCUAUCAGACAACUGUAAGAAAAUGGGCCUGGUGUUCGAUGAUGUUGUCGGCAUUGUAGAGAUUAUCAACUGCAGGGACGUCAAGGUCCAGGUGAGAACAAAUACAACCUAAUAUGGGAACUAAGGGGUGCAGGAAAUCAGCUCUGUUUUAAGGUUCCAUACAGAACCAGAAUCAGAGUCCCACAGUAAAGUAACAGCAUGAGUCUGAUCAGGUUUUGGCUUUUCCCCCCACCAGGUCAUGGGCAAGGUCCCCACCAUCUCCAUCAACAAGACAGACGGCUGCCACGUAUACCUGAGCGGAGCCUCUCUGGACUGUGAGAUCGUCAGCGCCAAGAGCUCGGAGAUGAACAUCCUGGUACCCAAAGGAGACGAAGGAGACUUUGUGAGUAACUUUUUAAAGGGGUUCGGUUUUACUGUUGGUUUAGUUUCUCAGUUCCAUCAGCUGCAGUUUUUUUUGAGUUGGGAGAGGAGAGUUCAUUCAUAAGAGUCAAUCAGGACGGUCUCAGCUGUUGAAAUACUUAAAAAAAAAAUUGUUUGGUUUGUUUGUUUUUAUUAUUUAUUUUUUUAUUGUUAUUUUAAAUAUUUAUUUUUCAUUUUUGUUUUAAAAAAAUAUUUUUAAUUUUUAUUUUAAAUAUUUAUUUUUAUUUUAAAUAUUUAUUUUUCAUUUUAAAUAUUUAUUUAUUUUAAAUAUUUAUUUUUUAUUAUUUUAAAUAUAUUUUUUUAUUAUUUUAAAUAUUUAAUCCUUUUUUUAUUUUAUUUUAAAUAUUCACAUUAGAGGAUGAAUUUGACUGUUAAAGCCAAGAUUAUGAUCAAAAUUUUAACAAACCACCUCUCAGUGACACAGGUCAUAUUAGUGCGAGUUUGCUUACAUAGUGCACAUUAAGAUAUAAAAUGAGUCCAGAUGUAAUGCUCAUCAGGAUUACUGCUGAUUGUUAGGUUUUCUACAGCCUAUGCCUUAAUUCUUGAAUACCCACUCCGAUAAAAAUCAUGUUUUUCUUGUUGUCUACAUGUUCAUAUGGCAUUUUUCUGAUGCUAGAGGACAUAUCAUGAGAAAACUAAAUGCAAAAUUGCUUUUCUGAGUAUUUCCUUAUUCGAAUCACUGUGAAUCUCUGGCAGACCCAAAUGGCAGGUGCAGACACAGUGAGAUUUCCGACAUCACAAAUCCAAGCUCCGCCCCCAGAGCCUCGCUAUGCAGGCCAGGCUCUGAGAAAAGAGCGGACACUCACGGAACAAGUGUGCGCGUUAGCAGAUUAAAGAGAAUCAGCAGUUUUUAUUUCUUUUCUUUUCUUUUUAGUGUAAUUGUUUUGCUUCCGUAGUUCAGGGACAGCAAUAAGAGUUUAUUCUGGGGCCAUUAAGUCUUAUAAAAGACGAUGUCAAACCUUUAACUCAGACCUGAAAGAAAGGGCAGCUGAUGCUGAGUCAUGAAAACAGGUGUAAUGUGUUCCUUUAGUUUUUCUUAUUCAGAGUCUGGCUGCAGCAAUUUGCACUAUAAUUACUCGGCUAUAAUUUAUAUCCGUUUGAAGACUGUUAGAGCGGAGUCAGUGGGUGUAGCUCAGUGUGAUAUUUCCUUUACUUCCUGGAUAAUUAUGCCUUUAUGUUCUGAUCGGAGGAGGGUUGGGGAGUAUUAUUAUACUUUAUUAUGCAACGAAAAAGAGAAAAGGAAGUGGAAAUCUAAAGUUUGGGCAUGUGGUGUUUCAAUAUUUCAAAUUUAAGAGAGUUUUACAGGAGUCCACUCAUGAGGAGAUGAAAUCAUAAACUGAUUAAAUGUCUGUAUCUCCUCCGUCUGCCUCGUCUUUCUAUGAUGCAUUUAAGUGCGUCUCAUUAAACACUUUCUGUCUGACUUUCUCUUACAGUCGGAGCACCCUGUUCCCGAGCAGUUCAAGACCGUCUGGGAUGGCAAGAAGCUCGUCACCACAGCAACAGAGAUCGCCGGAUAGACGGGACAGUGUGUGCGAAACAGCCGCCCCUCCUCCACACCAUCCCCAUCCCCUUUUUUUGCAAAAUGCCUUCCUGACUGAUCCACCACCCCACCAGCUAACUCUCACACUGUAGACUUGAGAUUUGGACCUCAUGCGUUUAUAUCCCCCACUCCUCCCCUUACAUUUUAUCAGCCAAUCACAGCUUAAGCUGUCCCUUCCAACAGCCAAUGAGAGGACUGCUCGCUUUUUAUUCCCCCUGGAGCAAAAUCCUCCAGCCAAUCAGCAGGGAGCAGCUUGUCGUUCAAUUGGCUUUUUUCUCCCCCCCUGUGAGCACUUUCUGAAAACAUUCCUGAGUUUUGCCAAUAGUUGCGACGCUCCGUGUGAUAUUUUGUACCUGCCUGGAUAAUGCUAAGCUAAAUUUAACACGUAGAAUAGCCAAAAUGGGACACAAGCAUUGCAGCCAAUCAGGAUGCUUCAGGCUGUUAUUCCAUUUUCCCCCUCCUCCUUCCUGUUUAGGGUGGGGGGGCUGCUGUGUGAUGAUUAUCUUUUUUUUUUAAGUCCUGGCCUAAACGGUUUCUGUUUCAUUAUAUGCAAUUUACUGGUGAAGCACUUGUCCAACAAAAGCCCUUUUAUGGAAGAUAACGGCAUCCAUAUCACCUCUGCUGAUGUUGACUGUAUCAAUAAUAUUCAUAGUGGAUGAUAAUAAUGUAAACAAAUAAGUGUCAGAGCAUGUAGAAAAGAGUAAAACCAUGUGUAACAAACCAGGAAACUCAUGAUUGAACAUCUUAAAGCUGUGGGAGAACGAUCAUUUCACGUGUUUGCCCUCAAACUCACACAUCGGACAUUCCUGAAUAUUCAAGCGAAAUAAAGAAAACACCAAACAUUCCAUUUAAGGAGACAUGUAAGAGGAAGUGUGCGAGAAAGAAAGAGGCUAAGAGAUGAUGAGAUAAAGGUAUGAGAGGUAAAGAAGAGGCUCAAGGGUGUACUCAUUCAAACUUCACCUCCACCUCAGUCUCUAUUGUGGAAAUAUCUGCUGUAAUCAUCUGUAUAGACAUGAACUAUUACUGAAUAGUCUUAAUAAUCGAAGCCACGUCUGCACUCUUUGGUUUCCCUCAGCUCUCGACUUCUCUUUUAUAUCAUCUCUUUUUUUUCUUUGACCUCCUUUUUCUUUAGUUUCGGGUCCAAAAUCAGAGUUCUGCUCAUUAGUACUGGAGACAUCAUUAAAAAUGUUGCAAUAAAACGUCUUUGGUUUGUUUGUCUUUAUUGGAUUAAAAGUCGAACAUGUACAGAAAAAGAAGAGUUAAACCUUCUAAAACAAGUCAAAGUGAGAAAACAAUUUAACCUCAUCAGAGCAGCUUCAUCAGGAGUGUUUAAGACAAAGAUAAACCGCUAAAAUUAACAUUUAACCAACAAUAUCAACAUGCGACCAGUGAUCAGUGCAAAAGGAAUGAGUUAUGUGAUUCCUGCCAGCAGCCCAGCUCCACAUCUGAAGCUUGUUUUAUUUGUUACAACAGUUUUAGUCUGAUUUGAUAUUUUCUGCGACAUGAUAUAAGUGAAUUGUUUCAGCGAAGAUAAGGCAGCAGGUUCGCGGUGAACCACUCCCUGGUGAACUGCAGGUGGUCUCCCUCGCUUGCUAGGAAGACUAGUUUUCCUGCUUUAUCCAUCGCUGCAAGACCCAGACGAUCCU